AUGGGGAAAUCAAAAGAAAUCAGCCAAGAUAUCAGGAAGAGAAUUGUGGACUUCCACAAGUCUGGUUCAUCCUUGGGUACAAUUUCCAGAUGCCUGAAGGUGCCACGUUCAUCUGUUCAAACAAUUAUACGCAAGUAUAAACACCAUGGGAAUGUCCAGCCAUCAUACCGCUCAGGAAGGAGACGGGUUCUGUGUCCCAGAGACGAACGUGCUUUGGUGAGAAAUGUGAGUAUCAACCCCAGAACAAAAGCAAAAGACCUUGUGAAGAUGCUGGCUGAUCUGUCCAACCCCUCCCAUCUCAUUGAGUUGGAUCUGAGCUACAACAAGCUGCAGGAUUCAGGAGUGAAGCAUCUGUCUGCUGUACUGCAGAGUCCAAACUGUCCGGCUCUGCCACAGCCGGCCACAGUACCCAUGAACAACAUGCUGAGCCACGGUGGCCUGGCCCGAAAAGACAAGACCAAAAGCAAGAAGAACAAGGACAUCAGUCACAUGGGCUGGGAUCCUUACACAGGUUUUGAUUUAAACAAUCUGGACAUUAAACUGAACAGCCUGUUUGUCGUGUGGGGCAUCUCUGAGGCUCAGCUGAAGGACCGAGAGACAUCCAAGAUCAUUCACGACUUCAUCGAGAAAAAAGGAGGCGUGGAGGCCGUGAUACAGGAGCUAAGGAGACAAGGUCCGGCUCUGCCACAGCCGGCCACAGUACCCAUCAACAGCAUGCUGAGCCACGGUGGCCUGGUCCGAAAAGACAAGACCAAAAGCAAGAAGAACAAGGACAUCGGCACGCCCAGAAACUUCCAGCACAUCGGUCACGUGGGCUGGGAUCCUAACACAGGUUUUGAUUUGAACAAUCUGGACCCUGAACUGAAGAACCUGUUCGACGUGUGCGGCAUCUCUGAGGCUCAGCUGAAGGACCGAGAGACAUCCAAGGUCAUCUACGACUUCAUCGAGAAGAAAGGAGGUGUGGAGGCUGUGAAGAAGGAGCUGAGGAGACAAGCGCCUCCUCCACCUCCCUCUCCUGUUGGCUCACGUCCACCUCCUCCCUCUCGUGUUGGCUCACGUCCACCUCCUCCCUCUCGUGUUGGCUCACUUGCACCUCCUCCCUCUCAUGUUGGCUCACUUGCACCUCCUCCCUCUCAUGUUGGCUCACGUGGACCUCCUCCCUCACAUGCACCUCCUCCCUCUCCUGUUGGCUCAUAUCCACCUCCACCUGCACCACCUCCCUAUCGUGGCCACCCUCCUCCUUCUGGACCAGGAACUCUGGGUGCUGCGCCUCCUGCAGACAUCUCUCUGUUGAACAAUCUGGACCCUGAACUGAAGAAACUGUUCGACAUGUGCAGCAUCUCUGAGACGUCCAGGGUCAUAUGUGGCUUCAUCAAGAAAAAAGGAGGCGUGGAGGCUGUGAUACAGGAGCUGAGGAGACAGGAUGUCGGAUCAUCCGACGACGCCGGCAUCUUCGGCGCUCAUGGAGGUGAUGCAGAAGAGUCCAAAGCCAUUCCUCAGUGACUGUACCGGACUGUAAACUGACUCACGAUGAAGAGGAUGAAUAAGAGCUGAUUCUUCUCCCCGACGCAGUUAUUCACCCAGGAACAG